AUGUCUCUCUACGUCUCACUUUUUCCCUUGGUCACUUUAUUCUCUCUCCCUUUCAACCACUUGUCUUCCUCUCCCUUUAUACUUGGCCACUUCUUAAAAAAAAAAACUUUUGUCAAUUUUUUUCUCUUGCUUUCUUUAAAACUUUGUCACUUUUCUCUAUCUCUCUCUCUCUCUCUCUCUCUCUUUCUCUCUUGUCACUUUUCUCUCUCUUUUCAAACCCUUGUCAGUUUUCUCUCUCUUUUCAAACCCUUGUCGGUUUUCUCUCUCUUUUCAAACCCUUGUCGGUUUUCUCUCUCUUUUCAAACCCUUGUCGGUUUUCUCUCUCUUUUCAAACCCUUGUCGGUUUUCUCUCUCUUUUCAAACCCAUGUCGGCUUUCUCUCUCUUUUCAAACCCAUGUCGGCUUUCUCUCUCUUUUCAAACCCAUGUCGGCUUUCUCUCUCUUUUCAAACCCAUGUCGGCUUUCUCUCUCUUUUCAAACCCUUGUCGGUUUUCCUCCUCUUUUCAAACCUUUUCACUUCAGCCUCUUUUCAAAUCUUUUUCACUUCUCUCUUUCUCUUUAA